CUUGUCCUUUCGAUUACUUACCACGUUCAAGGACACCAUUCUAGUACUGUAAUGCGCUUGCAUGAGGAUGAACUACAGCUGAUCUGAUCAAUGCAACCGUUGAGGCUUCCUUCCCCGCCGAGGUGAUAUUCACCGCCAACGGCUCGGUGAAGGCUGGUCAAAACGGCGUCUUUCUUCCUUGGUGCGAGAUGAGACGGACCAUACGGACGAUGGCAUGUUUCUAAUCCAGAGGGAGUUGAAUGUUGAAUGUUCAACAUUGAACGAGAGCAGGUGAGCCGCGUAUAUGUCUCCUCCAUUCAUGCGCCGCAGAAAUUUCGUCGUCGUCGUCUUCUUCAAUCGAUACAAACCGCGUACACGCUCACGAAUACAAAACCGUCAUGGAGGGUCUCAUACCACACCGAGAUCACGACACAGGCCGAAAGUAUUGGUAUAGGGAUCACCCAGGAGUUCCCGGCAAGCAAAAGAAUAUUCUCCCCGAGUCACUGCGGCGUAUUUUUGCGAACAAACAAAUUGUCUGCGUGGAGUAUUCAGACUUGACUGACGACGGCGAACGUGACAUCUUCCAGCGUGUUCAGCUAGGUGUGGCACUGACUCCUGCAGGUACGCCCUGAAGACAUUCACGCCUCUAACCACUCACUUUCUCCCCCCCUACUUCCCUUCUUUUUGUCAGUUUAAUGUUUCUGUGAGUAAUUUAUUUUUUUGCACUUAGCGUCAUUCCUGCAGUGAUUUCUGUUACUCAACCAAUUACGCCCCUUGGAUGGACCGUGCUGUGUAAUGCUACAUACCUAAGGUAUGCCUCAAGCGGAACCAAUGAGAUCACGUGACCAAUGUGUUACGCAUCGUCAUGUUUUCACAAAAAAAACCUAUCUACUUCUGCAUAUGGAAGUAAAUGCCAAAUCUGGCUCCGAGGGACUGUAGAUAAUGUUAUUUUGCAUAAAUGCUCAGGCUUUGAUAUCCCGAUUUUAAAGCUCAGCAAGAUUAGAUAGCAAAUUUGUGAUUUGAU